UUUCAAGCAUAUUGUUGAAAAAGUCUUCUUCUGCAGUAAUUAUCAUCCUCAACAACAAUUUCAAUCUUGUUGGAGAUUGCAGCUCCAAUUGCUUGUAGAACUACAAAAAAGAGCUAGAUAAAGACAGAAAUGGCUGUAGUUUGUGGUGCAAAAGCAUCUACUUGGGAAGGAAUUGAGCGUUCGGAAAGUUACUUGGUGAGUUGUAUGUUCGAGGAAGCGGCUUCGUUGGCUUCCUUAAUUAUCAGGAACUUGAUGCGUGAGAAUCAUCAAAAUGGAAAUGUUGACAAUGAUAGUAAUGAGAAUGAAUUGCAUGACAUGUUGGAGUCAUCUGGUAUGGUGUUUGUUCAGUCCAUGAAGGAACUUGCAAGGACCUUCGAAAUUCUGAAGGAGCUCAAACAUCUAUUUGGUUCAGUAGCUGCCAUCCCUGUGCAAGUUUUGGUUACUGGUGUUUGUUUUCAGAUAUCAGAAGGCACAUCUUCUGAUGUUGAAGGAUAUCUUAAGGAGUUCCUCAGCAAAUGGAUUUACAAGGAUGAAGGGUAUUAUUUUUCGGUAGAAGCUGAUGGUGAAGAACCUGACAGACGAUUUUCUCUUGGUGUUGAUGAGUACCUGGAAGUUGUUGACCUCUAUGUGAUGACAUGUCUUGGGAUGGUUUUGAGAGACAUCGACUCUGCAAUAUCUUGGGUUGAGAAGGCUUCUCUACCUGAGGAUAAGCGACAGGAACUUUUGAGGCGACUGAACUCUAUGAAUGCUUCGAAGGCAACCAGUUCAUCACAGGCUCCUGUCUCAUCUCUGCAUGCAGAUAAACAUGGAGUUGAAUCAAAGAACUCUUCGAAGAAUUUGGAACCUGGACACGUAGCCAGCAAAGAGAACUCUGUAAAAGAAACAAUUCUGAAAUUGUCUGGGCGGGGAGCACCAUGCUUCUGGUGGUUCCAAAAUACCACUGUGAAGUUUGGAAAUUUUAGGUUGAAUCUAUCAAAUGGAAACAUCUUGCUGGGCUGCAUUUUGUUGUUCAUGUGCUAUUUUCUAAAGAGGAAACAAGCUUCUUUAAAGAGGGUUCUCAGGAAGCAAGCGUUGUCUGUUAAAAAGGGUUUGGUGGACUUAUGGCAACUUGCAUUCUCUUAUCAGGUGAACCCUCUAGCAGCUGUUCAACCUCUUCCUGCUGCAACUCGUGGGAGCCUGUAAUGGGACGUUAGUAGUGAAUACUCAUAGGACGAAACAUUUUUUGUCAGGAGAAAUGGUAAUGAAGCUCUUGGCUCAUUCAUCUGUAGAUGCAAAUGUUGUAUCCCAGUUGCUGAAACAAUUUUCAAACAACUGGUUCAUAACUUUUCCUGACAAUGUAAGAGAUCAGAUUUGUAGGCAUGUUUCAUGGUAAAUUCUAAUGUAGGUACGUAAUGGGCCGCCAAGUUUGCUUC